GAACACGUGAAGUGGGUGGCUGGUUGAAGCGAGUGCAGCUUCUUCUCAAGAAAGAAGUGCAAGAGAUUCUCAAGCAAGGGGCACAAGAAAUAGAGAAAGGCUUCGAGGGAGUUGGAGGUGACUCUCAAUCUCAGAGGAACGGGAGGUCAUAUCAUGAGCUAUCAAAGCAAGCCGAGGAGAAGCGAGCCACUUUGGAAGAAGAGCUUUGCAAGGCUAGCGGUUUCGCAAUUUUCACCUACAAGCCGAAUGAACCUCUGAUGGUUGAGAUACCUCUUGAGCCGCCUGUGGGCAUAGAUUCCAGCUUUGAGGAGGCAUGGAAGUGGGUUCAAGAUGAAAAGGUGAGACGUAUAGGGAUAUAUGGCAUGGGCGGUGUCGGAAAGACCACCCUCCUGAAGAAAAUCCACAAUGAAUUCCUGGGAAUUCAGCAUGAUUAUAAUGUGGUUGCUUCGAUUGUGGUGUCCCGACCAACUAAUCCUAAAAAAAUUCAGGAAGCAAUCUGGGAGAAAUUGAACCUCCCUAAAUUGGAAUGGGAUCGCACCAGUGAAUUGGAUAGAGCUCCCAAGAUAUUUAGGAAAAUGAAGGAAAGGAGUUUUCUGCUCUUUUUGGAUGACGUAUGGGAGGAGAUAGAUCUCCUGAAUCUCGGAAUUCCUUCUCGCGGUCAUCCACACAAAUCGAAGAUCAUAUUCACAACCCGAUCAAUGGAAGUCUGUGGUGUUAUGCAAGCAGACCGGACAAAGAAGGUUGAGUGUUUGCCACCAGAUAAAGCCCUCGAACUAAUCCAGGAGAAGGUGGGUGAAGAGACUUGGUCUGCCCACGUUGAAAUCCCAAGGCUUGCGAUAUUGCUGGUUAAGGAAUGUGAGUACCUACCACUUGCUAUCGUAACUGUUGGGGCAGCAAUGGCCAGUAGGAAGCAUCCUGAUGAGUGGAGAUGCGCCGUUGAAGAUUUGAAAAAUCGUCCGUCGAGCUUUGCAGGCAUGGAAAAGAGGGUGUUGGCAGUGCUAGAGUUUAGCUAUGAUGCUUUGCCAAAUGAAACCCAAAAAAAAUGCUUCCUGUAUUGUUCUGUAUUCCCAGAGGACUAUAAAUUGGAAGUGGAUCGACUGAUUGAUCUCUGGAUUGGGGAGGGCUUUCUUGAUGAAUGUGAUUGUAUAUAUGAAGCACGCCGCUAUGGACUCCAUAUGAUCAGCAACCUUACACGUGUUUGUUUACUGGAGGAGUAUAAUUCUAGUGAUAACCCUUCAUUAAGGUCUGCAAAGUUGCAUGAUGUUGUUCGAGAUAUGGCUUUGUGGGUGGCCACUGAACAUGGGCAGAAGAAGAAUAGACGAAUAUGUCAGGAGAAGCAGAGGUCAUUUGAGCUGAAGGAAAUGAAAAAGUGGAAUGAUGCAGAAAAGAUAUACGUUAGCCUGGUGGAUCCAAAUAUCGAAAACUUGCCAGCAACAUUGACUACGUGUCCCAAUCUAUCUACUCUGAUUUUAACGUAUACUAUGCUGGAGACAUUUCCAAACGGAUUCUUUUCUUCCAUGCCAUUGUUGAGAGUGUUAAUUUUGUCGUACAAUAAAUACUUGAGAAAGUUACCUGAAGAUAUUGGAGUACUAGUAAAUUUGAGGCAACUUGAUUUGCGGUCGACGAAGGUGAGGGAGCUGCCUGAAGAGCUGAAGAAUCUGAUAAAAUUGGUAUUUUUGCUUUUAGAUCACUACUGUCAUGUUCCGGAGAAACUGAUCUCAAGUCUGCCGUCCUUAAGAGUGUUUAGUUGGGGACGGCCACUUUCUAUUGUUGAUUUAAAAGUAGAUGAGAAAGAGGAUGAGCUCGAUGUGAUAAAGGAGCUGAAUGGCAUGAACAACCGAAUAGAGGAUUUUUCUCUGGCAUUAAGCUUUGCCACUAGUGUUCAAAAGUUACUCGAGCACUGCCCUUACUUGCUGAGCUGCUUAAGUAGACUCGAACUUGUAGUGUGUCUGGCUCUAUCGUCCCUUGAAAUCCCGAAGGCAUCGAUGAGGAGAAUGGAGCAUCUUGAAGUUCUAACAAUCGAGAGCUGUGCAUUCGAUAACAUAAGAAUGGGUGAGAGAAGUGAUGGAUCAGGAUAUCCUCGUCUACCUUCUUAUUAUCCUGAACUAACUCCAACUUCAAGCCACCCGGAAAGUCAGGUCUGCUUCCGUAGCCUUAAAAGGAUAAUCGUCAAGUAUUGCAGAUAUUUAAGAGAAGUGACAGUUCUGAUUUAUCAUGCUCCCAGCCUUACCCACCUCGAAAUUCGGAAGUGUUCCUCGAUGCAGGAAGUUAUCACUAGGGAUGUUGAAGAUUCCCGUGCUGACGAAAUACUCUCAUUCCUCAUCGAAUUUCACUUAGAAGACCUUCCGGAAUUGAAGAGCAUCUGCAGUAGAGCGCUGCCCUUUCCUUCGCUGGAAUUGUUAGAGGUUGAGAGAUGCCCAAAACUGAAGAAGCUCCCACUAGAUAGCAGUAGCAGUGCCAGUGCAAGACAAUUGAGCCGAAUUGAAGGAGGAAGCGCCCAGUGGUGGGAUGGGUUGCAGUGGGAUGACCCUGAAACCAAGCAAUACUUCUCUACCAAGUUUGUCAACUAUUCAUCCUUUUUCUGAAUUUCUUCUAUCUAUCUAUCCAUCCAUCCAUCUAAUAGUGUGAAUCAGUCGCAUAGGAUUAUUGAUUAUUAUGUACUAUUUAUGAUGAUGUUGUUAAAGGUUGAAAUUGAAGGCAAUGGAUAGCGAAAUUGAAAUUUCCAGAAAGGA